AUGCUCGCAAGGCGACCAAGCAGCUUCCUGGCAGUUCUUGCCUGCUAUGCUGUCUUUCCUCCCACAUUUUUUGGGGAGGGCGUCCGCAGGGUCGGAGUGUCCCGCUUUGCGAAGGGCUUCGGCAACCUGGAGCCGACUGCCAAGACGGAAGAGCAGCAGUUUAAGACAAAGAAAGGGCUGAAAAGCACGAAAGCUGCAAUCGCGUUCUUUGACAAAGCAAAGGAGUAUCGAGAUGCUGGCAACAAUGCCAAGGCCGUGCAGAUGUUCCGCAAGGCCCGCGUGGCCAUUGCCAAAGCUGCGGGUAAGGGCUCCAAAGACUAUGCUCGAGUUUGCAGCGACCUUGCAACUACUUACCUGGACCUCGACAAGCGGGACCGUGCAGAGGAGCUCUACCAAGAGUCUCGGAAAGCCUUUGAAGUGGCCGUCGGCCGAAACGAUGGGGAGUAUGCCGGCUGCCUUAGGAACUUGGCGCGGCUGAAGCGGGCUCUAGGUGACAUUCAAGAGACGGAGGCCCUUUUGAAGGAGGCCUCGCACAUCUAUUCAGGCGAUCUAAGCCGCUUUCACGAAGAGUAUGCGCUGACGCUCAGGAGCUUAGCCAGCCUCUACCAGGAGCAAGGUAGGAUGGAGCUUCUCCAGCCCAUCUUGCUCCAAGAGCAGCGGGUCCGGACUUUGGCGGCCAGCCUUGGCGGUCGGCGCUAG